CACACACACACACACACACACACACACACACUCAUGUAUAUACAUAAAUAUACAUAGAUAUAUUCAGAUACACACACACACACAUAUAGACAUACAUACAUUCACAAACACACACAUUUCUCUAAGUAUCUAUAUAAGAAGCACACGGACUUGUAUAGAUUACAUAUGUAUAUUUGCAAAAACAUACAAACAUAUAUACACACACGUAACCACACAUAUAUUAUAUACGCAUACAUGCACACGUAGACACGCAUACACUUGCGGCGUACACACAGUGUAUGUCGUAUCUAGGUAUGUGUAUUUCGCUGGUCGUGUAUUACGCGAAUGAGGUUUUCGUUUAAAUUCGAGGAUAUGCUACGAAACUGCGAGAGAAAAGGCGGGAAAAAAAUGAAAGCCACGAUGUCCGAAGGAAAGAAAUAAGGCCAAAAGGAAAGAAACGAACGAAAGAAGGAAGGGAAGGAGAGAAGGAAGGAAAGAAGGAAGAAAACAGAAAGGAAAGGGGGAAAAAAAGUGAGAAAGAACGGAAGUGAGAAAGAAGGAAAAUGAAAAUGUACAGGUGAGAGAGAGAGAUAGGUAGAGAGAUAAACAGAGAGAAAGAGAGAGUGAACGGUGAGUGAGAGAAGGUGAGAGAGAGAGAGAGAGAGAGAGAGUUGAAGAAAUUGUGAGCGAGUUUAAAGAGAUUCGGAGUGGUAAAAGAAAUUGGGAAAAGAGCGAGAGAGAGAGAGAGAUAGAGAGAGAGAGAGAGAGAGAGAGAGAGAGAGAGAGAGAGAGAGAGAGAGAGAGAGAGAGGGAAAGAGAGAACGAGAGUGAGAGAGAAAGAGAGAAGAGAAAUAUUAAAAUAAGGAAAGGUGGACGGAAAUAUAUGUUAGGAGAAAAAGGCGAAGAAAUUGAAACAAAAAGGGGAGAAAAAUAAGCAACAUCAAAAACAAAAUAAAAAACAAAAUACACUAUCAUGAACAGCAGCAGCAGCAGCAGUGGUAGCAGCAGCAACUACUAUUACUACUACCACUACUACUACUAAUAGUAAUAAAUAAUAAUAACCAAUCACAACCAAAUAUAAGCACAGGAAAGAAAAGAAACACACAAAAAAAAAACAUAUAUAUAAAACGAAAAGAGAAAGCUAAGGAAAAACGCCCUCAUUGAAAGCAAAGGUCCAGCCAUUGAGAAUAACUUGCAGCCUGGCGAAGGAAUUGAACACGUAGCAAUGGUUUGCAAUGCUAAGUGUACAGUAGGAACAGGUAGUUGGUGGUGCCCCCAGCGAGAUGCUGACUUCCAGACCAGCUUCUUGGACAACCGGAAUACUAAUGGACAAAGACAGAUAUUUCUGCCAUACGGGGACGGCGUGGGUGAUCCAAGUUGUAAGUCUCAACAAACGUCGUCGUUCACCACAAGUCAUCAUCCUUACUCGUCAUCCUAUAGAAACUCGGAUCGAAUGCGAUGCAUGUCAACAACACCAUCGAGCAACAUAUUUGGAGGUUUUGACGAUGGAGGGCUCCUUGCUCGUGCAGAAGCACUGGCCGCCGUAGACAUCACGAAAACCACAUCACCGCAAAUAAUGAAACAUGACAGUAUAUACGGACAUUCGGACUUUGCUGGACACACAGCGAAUACUUCGCGGAGUCAAAUGUCUUCGGCACUUCACAGUUUUGGUCCAAAUACGGACACUAUGCUGGACCAACUCACAACCAACGCCGGCGGCAUGCCGUUCGGUAGUAUGCCGGAACACCACCCAAGCGCCAGUUCUCAUGGCCAUCACAAUCAUCAGAUGUACACUCCGAUGUAUAGUACUCAUCAAAAUACCAUGAAUACCCACCACACCAUAACGGCUCAUCACCCAGGAGUGCAUCAUUCGAGCAUGAGAAAUUCCGACUGCGACCCACGAGAAUUAGAAGCGUUUGCCGAGCGCUUCAAACAACGUCGAAUCAAACUCGGAGUGACUCAAGCAGAUGUAGGCAGUGCCCUGGCUAACCUGAAACUUCCAGGCGUAGGUUCACUCAGUCAGAGUACUAUCUGCCGUUUCGAAUCGUUGACGUUGAGUCACAACAAUAUGAUUGCGUUAAAACCUGUAUUACAGGCAUGGCUUGAAGAAGCAGAGAAACAGGCAAGAGAGAAGAAAAUUGAAGGAGAGACUGGGGUGAUGCCUAUUCACGGUGAAAAGAAAAGGAAAAGAACGUCUAUAGCAGCUCCGGAGAAGCGAUCGCUUGAAGCCUACUUUGCCGUACAACCAAGACCUUCGGGGGAAAAAAUCGCCCAAAUUGCAGAAAAGUUGGACUUGAAAAAAAAUGUAGUUCGAGUUUGGUUUUGUAACCAAAGACAAAAGCAGAAAAGAAUGAAAUUUUCUGCGGCUGCGUCACACUGAAAAUUGCAUAUAUUUAUUUAUAACGCACUAUGACAUUUGCACUUACUAAAAAAUAUAUAUACGUACGCGGGUAUGUAUACGUACAUGUAUAUAUAUAUAUCAAUAUAUGUAUGAAUAACAUACAGUCAUAUAUGUAUAUGUAUAC